CUCGAUGACGUCACACACGGUCACAGAGACCUUCGCCGAGUUGGUUGUGUGUCGGGCGCCGCUGCUGUGAUGAUGAUGAAGUCUCGUCCUCAGUCAGUUCAGCUGAGCGAGUUGCACCAGUAGGAAGGAAUACCCGCGUCGGACAUAGACUGAAUAUAUAGGUUGAAAAGAACAUAAAAUAAGUGAAUAAAAGUAAAAAUAAAUCAAAAUAAAAAGCCAAAAACAAAAAAACAAAAAUAUCAUCAUCUUUAGCGCCUGGACGUCCCACCAAAAUGCCCGUGACGGGGAAGGCCAAAUCUCCCGAGCCUGAGUAUAAAUUGGUGAAACACUCGCGCUUCCGGACCUCUGACGCGACGGUGGGCAUCACCCACCAGCCCAUGUCCUCCCAGGAUAUCGUGCUCGCGCGCCUCGACGCCCUCUUCAACGACAUCAAGGCCAAACAGCAGGAGGACUAUGUGCGGAGGCACUCCUACAUCGACACGUCCACCUGCAGCGAACACCGGAAGGGCGCCGUCGGGGAUCGUCGAGGGAGCGUUGGCGAUCGGAGGGGCAGCGUUUGCACCGUCAGCGACAGGCGCGGGAGUACGAGCAGCAUCUCAGACCGUCGGAGCAGCUUGAACGGGAGCACCGACAGGCGCUCCAAUUUGUCGGCGGAGAGGCGAGGCAGCUUGACCAGCGGCGGCGCCUCGGAGCGUCGCGGAAGCACCGGCAGCGCCAACGGCAGCGCCAGAAACGGCGACCGCCGCGGCAGCGCCUGCUUCGCCGGGGCCGAUCGUUUCCCGACCCCACGGGGAAUCGGCCCCAAGAGGCCGAGUGUCAACGGCGGAGCCGCAAACGGGACGUCGUCGUCAGACCGCCGUCUGAGCGGCGGCGAUCGACGCACCAGCCUCAACGGAUCCUCCGGGGAAAAUGUUCCCUUCCGCCUCGCGUCAAGGAUCUCCCCUCGGAGGGAUUCCCUCUCCCCGAGGGCCUCUCCUCGCCGGGAGUUGGGGUCGCCUAGAACUUCCCCGAGGCGAGAGUUGGGGCCGCCUUCUUCCGCCCCAGUAGUGAGGCGUCCUAGCGCGGGAGGUGGGUCAGCCAACGCUGAUGGGACCAACGCCGACGGGAGGAGGUUGUCCCGCGAGAUCCCCGACUCCAAGAAGGAUCCUGUGGAGGCCGUAAAGUCCGGUUACCGGAGGGAUUCCUUAGACGUCGAGGCUCUCCUGGGCUCCAGGAGGCUCUCCCUCUACGACACCAGCAUCCUGGAGGAGGAGGACGAAGGACCUCCCACCACCACGAGGAUGACGCCCCCGAGGUUCACUCCGCCCAGAGCCUCCCCUCCGAGGACGUCACCUGGAAGGAUGUCGCCUUCCAGAGCCUCUCCGGCGCGGGCGACGCCCCCCAGGACUACCCUCGUGAGGAGGGGCAGUGCCUCUUAUACGUCAUGCCCGCUGGAUGCCAUGUUCGCUUCAUUGAAUGUUGGGGAUGGUGAUAAGAGUGGCAACAAAGACAGCGAAGCGAAACCGCGCUUCCUCGCUGUGACUUCUCUGGAAGAUGUCCAAGCUGUACGUUGUGCAGAGUUCCACCCUUCUGGUCGCUUCUAUGCUGUCGGUUCCAACUCAAAAACGCUACGCAUUUGUGCUUACCCCAAGUUGUCCGAUCUUAGAGAGGACCACACCACCUACCAGCCCACAGUCCUCUUCAAGCGAACUAAACACCACAAGGGAUCGAUUUACUGCUUGGCAUGGAGCCCCAUGGGAGAUCUGGUGGCCACGGGGUCAAACGACAAAACGGUUAAGCUUAUGAAAUUCAAUGCAGACUCAUGCAGUGUUGACGUUGAAGCAGAAAUGUAUGAACUAACUUCCCAACUGUUUCCACUAACAGAUAUUGAAGAAGGGGAAAGUUCUCCAAGCCAAGAGAUUGAGCUCACAAUGCACGACGGCACAGUCAGAGACAUGUGUUUCAUAGAAGAUUCGAGCAACAAAUCCUCCCUUCUCAUCUCUGGCGGUGCUGGGGAUUGCAAGAUUUAUGUCACAGACUGUGCUACAGGAACUCCUUUCCAAGCACUUUCAGGACAUACAGGGCACAUACUUGCUCUACACACUUGGGGUGGAGCUAUGUUUGUGUCUGGUUCUCAGGACAGAACUGUCAGGUUCUGGGAUUUGAGAACUCGAGGCUGUGUCAAUGUCAUAACGCCAGGGGCCACACCUACGAAGCCGGGAGCACCUGUAGCAUCAUUGUGUGUGGACCCAAGUGGAAGGCUUUUGGUGACAGGUCACGAGGAUUCAGUGUGCUCUCUUUAUGACGUGCGUGGAUCAAGAUGCAUUCAAGCAUUCAGACCACAUUCUUCAGAUGUCCGAUCAAUUAGGUUCUCUCCCUCUGCUUACUAUCUCCUUACUGCUGGCUAUGAUAACAAGCUUGUUCUUACUGACCUACAAGGUGAUUUAACUCUGCCUUUGCCAAGUGUCGUUGUAGCCGAGCACCAAGACAAGGUCAUAUCUGGUCGCUGGCAUCCAUCAGAUUUCUCUUUCAUCUCGACAAGUGCUGACAAAAUGUGUACUUUGUGGGCUCUUCCUCCUGUGUGAUCUUGAAGAUAUUCUUCUACUUAAUUAAAAGGACACGAGUAAUGGGUAAACAUGUGAAUGAUGAAAAAAAAUUUAGUCUUAUUCUGCUCAUUGGGCAUGAGAAGUGGAGCUAAACUGCCUUUAGAAACCACCCAACUUUAAUGGGAGCACAAAUCCAUCUAUUAGUGCUUAAAUUUUGCCAUCUAUGGUAGGCCAAGUGCUUCUGUCAUGAUUGCUGUAGGCAGCGCAGCCAAAGUGAGUAAUGCAGCCGCGAUUGGAAUUAUUUCGGCCGACAAGUCAAAUGUAUAUAACCUUGUCUUAGUAGUCAACCUUUUAAAAACCCUCCCUGGGUAGUAAGUGUGUUCCCUGAUGAUUUGCUGAACAAUUAAUGUAGAUGAGGUGGGAGAUUGUCUGCUUCCCCACCACAAUUCCAAUUUGCUAGGAUUGGCUUUCAGGGUGUGUGAUGAAAAUCAGCUUUAAUGUAAAGAGAAUGGUAAGCAAAAGCUGUUCAUAGAAUACUGUAGUGAUAAACCUUUAGUGAGCUAAGGAGAAAAGUCCUCAUCAGAAUCACCAGAUAUAUUUUUUACCUCCCAGGAUUUUUUUUCCCUCUCUCAGCCUUCCUCCUCUUAUCUCAAAUAAUUCUAUUAUAUGCUGUGAAUUGUAGUCUCUCGAGAAGGUAGUUUAACCCAAAUUUAUGUAUGUACUCCUGAAUAGCUUUCUGUGAUAAACUGGAUUCAUAGAGUCAUUAUAUUCGGGUACCAACCAGACAGAUCUUUCGGCCGUGGGUGUGUUAAAAGUUACCUUGAGAACCGAAUUAGAUCAAGAUCGAGAGUUUUGUGGUCACAAGAAAAAUACUUAAAUUUAACUACGGAAAGAGACAGAACACUUCUGAACCCAAGGGUGAUUUUGACACAACCUGGGUUAUUGGGUUAUGUUAUCUUCUCCUAAACCCAAAAGUCAAAAUACCGGAACGAUAAUUAAUUUUAAACUGUAGACAUGUUUAGCCUAGUUGAUAUAUAUAAAUAUAUAUCUGUCGAGAUAUACCCUCGGUAUCAAUAGCACCAUCUGCAGCAUAAGUAAAUUCAGGCCAUCUACGAUAGCAUCCAGUCAAUUCUAAAAAAUUCCUUCUUGUUUAGGGGAAAACUUAAUAAUAACAGAUGUUGAUAUACUGAAGUUUGUAAAAGCAUGUGACCCCUUCUUUGGCAUUAUUCUUUGAAUGAAUUCCUAGCGGGAAAGUGCUGAAAGUUAAAAACUAAAAGGUUGACAUGAUUGUGAAUCAUAUGUUCAUCCUUGAAGUGCAGAAUGUCUUCAUAGAAGAACUACAUUGUGUGUGGAUUUUGGUAAAUAUAUACUAUAUAUAUAUAUAUAUAUAUAAAGAUUCUGUUUAUAUGCUAUACUGUAUUACAUUAAUUUGAGAGUACAAGAAUGCACGACUUCGAUGGUGCCUUUGAUUUACGGUUAUGUAGUUAGAUGUAAAAAAAAAGAAGAAAGGAUACUUUUUGAAGUAUUUUUAUCCAUAAAAACAUAAUUUAUAUUUACAACUUAAUAAAACUCGUAAGUGUUUAAAUGUUUAAAUACUAAGUUACUUUCUUUGAAAUGGUACUUACAGUAUAUGCAACAAAUGUCAUUUUAUUUUCUUAUUUUUUUUAGAUGGAAGCCAUACCAGAGGUUCCUGGAUUUUAAAUGUGAAAAUUAUUGGUAGAUUAUUGUUCCUAGAAUAAAUUUAUGUCUAUUAUUAAUCUUAUAAUGGUUCUAUUCUCAGAAUCAGUUUGGUAUAAAGAUUCGAGAGCAAAAGUCUGGUGAUCCACCGGUGGAAUGUCAUCUGUAUUUUGGUCUGGUUUAACUACUUAAUAUCUUAUUUUUUGGUAUCAGUAUUCAGGGUCUUACUACCUUGGCAACUUUAAAAAGUUGGUUGUACAGUACAGUAUAUUGUACAGUACAGUAUAUAUUUUUCAUUAUACUUUGAAAUACAUCAUUUCCAGAGGUCAAAAACGGAUUCUCAUAACGGCUGCUUUGUCACAUAUCAAAAAGUUUGGCCUAUUAAACAAAAAAAACUUUGUAUUAUAAUAAACUAUGCAAAAGAUAAAAACUAGUAAUGAAGUUAUUGAUACUUCUAUUGUUUCUCACCAAGAAAGCAUCAUUAUUAUUAAUUACCCUGUGAAUGAAAAUGUCCUCCAGAAGUAUUCUCAAAAAAUCAUGUUUCCUUUUUUUGAAUUCUGUGAUCACCUUGUGAAAACCUUAACCUUUAAACCUUUUAAAAAGUGCAAUUGAUUCUCACCCAUUCAAAUCUUAACAAUUAGAACUAUAUUUUAUUAUUUAAGAUGUUAAGUCAUUUAUUUUUAAGAAGUCCUAAAUACUCAUUUCCUUUAACAUAUAUUUUUUUUAACAUGAGUUUCUAUACAGAAUCCACACCAUUCAUUCAUUUUCUACUUCAUUGGAUAUAAUUACUCAGCAUUCCAGUGUAUAAAGUUACCCAAGGCUUACAAAGGUACUAAUGUCUUAUUGUAUGUUUUAUAUGUCAUAUGAUUUCAUGUGGUGAUGUGCUCUAUAAUUCUGUGUAUGCAUUUGGUCUCUUCAUUGUGCAUAAAACAUUGUAAUUUAAAUAAAUGUAUAAUUAGCA